CCCAUUCUAUUGUUUUGAUCACUUGUAAUUUUUUUCAGCCUGCAUUAAUAUAGUACAAAAAAAUUGAUUGUUGUUUGUUGAGAAAGUCAUCAAGUAAUUAUCUCUAGACUGUUUUCUUCUAGUUCAUUGCUUUAAUUAGGGCAGUUUAUUGGGCUGAAUCAAUGGAUUUCUGAGUUUGGUUGUGUCGAAUUCAACAUCUACUGAUUCUACAGCCACAAUAAUUCCUUUUCUGAGGUGAAUUUAUCACGAGGUUUUUAGAUGUAGAUUAAUGUUAGGUGUGUUGAUAUGAGUAAAAAAUGUUAUACAUUUUGAUGCACUUUUUUUUGCCCUUUUUGCUACCAACAUUUGGAUUCAUUUUCUUUCUUUGACUCCUCAUUACUGUAUCUGAGUAUCAAGUUGACUGUUUCUCCUUUUUUCUGAAUUAUUUCUCACUAAUUGUCAGACUUAGUAUUUUCUGGGUGAACUUUUGAUUAUUUUUAAUUCACAUCAAUACAUCAUUGUUCUAUUUGAUUCUUAAAAGAUCCAUUAUCUUGAGCUAAAGUCUAUUUAAAUUCCUUUAUUUUUUAGUUUUGAUUUUAAACAAUUGUGCCGAUUGAUUGGUAAUUUAAACUGAGUUAGGGUUGUUGUCUUCUUGCCAUUAUUAUUUGUUUGUUGGGUUGAUUCUACAAUGCAGCUUUUGAUUAUCAUAUUAUAAUUUCCUGUUGUAUUUCUGUAUUGGUUCAAUCCUGCAUUUAUUCAUUCGAGGAUGGACUAAUUUGGGAUGGAUUCUUGAAAUGUGGAUACAGGGAGUUGGUCAUUUGGUGCAUUUGGGAGGUCUAAUUUUUCUUUACAAAAAUGCUGAGGAAGAGAACUAGAUCACAGCAAAAGGUUCAAAACAUGAAUAAUACAUUAGUUGAUUCUACAUCGGAGUCGUAUUUUCCCUCUGAUGGAUCAAAUCAAAAGCACAAAGAUACCUCCCUUUUGAAGGUUCCUGGCUUGUUUGUGGGAUUCAAUGCUAAGACCUCAGAUUCUGAUGCAGUAAGAAGCCCCACAUCGACGUUAGAUUUUAGGAUUUUUUCGAGUUUAGGCAAUCCCUUUAGGUGUCUAAGAGCACAGAACGAGGGCCACCACAAGAGCUGGGACUGUACCAAAGUAGGUCUAAGCAUUAUAGAUUCCCUCGAUCAUGAGCUUAAUCAGAGUGUUGCUCAAUCAUCUGAUAAUAAGAAUAUUCUUUUCGGGCGACAAAUGAGUGUUAGAAGUCCAACCUUUUGUAGUUCUUUGGAGGCACCUAAGUCACUGCCUAAAGAUGUUGCUAUUUUUACUAAGCCAGCCAAUGCCCAGAAGCGCGAUUCUGAUGUUGUGUUUGAGAUUGGGGAGGUCCCGUUCAAGCAGGAGGAGGCUCCUGGAAGAAUCCGUGCUCGUUCAGUGGAUUCUGGAAGGUAUGGAUCUCACCUGACAGAUUUCAGAAACCUCAAGUCCAAGCUUGGGUCCGGCAGCUUUGGUGCUGAGAACUCUGUUCGUUCGGAGUCUGGAGGGGUUGGCAUGAGCCCUAAAUUAGGCAACCUAAGUGGGGAGAGGCUGAGUCAGGCUGGUCCACUGGGAAAUAGUUUUAUUAGUUCCAUUCCCGCUAGUGAGAUUGAGCUGUCUGAGGAUUAUACCUGUGUUAGAACUCACGGCCCCAACCCUAAGGUUACACAUAUCUUUGGUGACUGCAUUUUAGAAUGUCACAAUGAUUCUUUGAAGAACAGCGAAGACGUUCUUCCUCCUUAUCCAUCCGAGGAUUUCUUGAAAUUCUGUUUUUCUUGCAAGAAGAGGUUGGAUGGUGAAGAUAUCUUCAUGUAUAGAGGCGAGAAGGCGUUUUGCAGCUCAGCUUGCCGCUCACAGGAGAUGGAGAUCGAUGAGGAGGUGGAGGAAACCAACAACCACUCGUCUGAAAACCUCCUCUAGCAGCGGCUUGUUCGUGUGGAAACACUGUGGCCAUGAAUGAUUAAACUGCAGCGCAGGUGCUCUCGUCCGUAUCUGUAACUUAGAGCUGUUUCUGUAUUUGUUUGCGGCCUUGGAUGAUCAUCGAGCGCGUGUGGCCUCGUGCUGGAUCGUGUUUAAUCUCUCAUGGUGAUGGUAUUUGUUUUGUGCAAGAAACAGUUUUGGACUUGGAAUUUUUCUGAAAUAGGAGAAGAAAAGCUGUAUUUUGGUGAUGUUGUAAAGGGUAGUAGCCCUGUGUGGCUCCCCCAAUUUUAUCACCUGCCUGAUGAAUUUUGAAUCCAUAUAAAUGGCUUUUCUGACCAUAAAUUUUGAAUUUUAAAAA